AUGAUGGAUGAAGCAUUAAGUACAAUUAAAAAAAUUAAAAGUAAUUUAAGUAAAAUUUAUUUUAAUAAAUCAAACAAGAUAAACGCAGAUUUUAAAGAUGACCAAAUUGAAAUAAUUUUAGAUAACAAAAAUAUAACACCAAAACCAAUAUAUUUUAACUUUCAAGAAACUGAAACAAAGAAAUCGUUUGAUCAAAUUGAUUAUUUGUUAAAACAUUUUGAUGAUAAAAAUGGAUAUGUUAAUCGAAAAGAUACAGAAAUAAAAUCAAAUACUGAAGAAAAAAUAACAGAUUUAUUAAAUAAAAAUUUCAACACAUCAUUAGAGAAUAAUUUUCCUAAACAUAUGAAUGUAAAACGCAACUUAAAAUAUGAGCAAUAUAAAAAGGAUAUACUAAACCAAUACAAUGAAAUUUUAUUAAGUGAGACGGAAACAAUAAAUUUAUUAAAUAUACCAAAUAUAUUAAAUGACAUAGAAGAAGAUAAAAUUGUCAUUGAAAAAAAGAAUGAAAGAUAUGAAAAAUUAUUAAAUAAUGAUGAAAAUAAUUAUAGAAGUAAAUCUAUGCAAACAUUAAAUGUAUUCAAAAAAAAUAAAGAUGUUUAUGUUUCUACUAUUAACAAACAAAACAAAAGUUCUCAAACUAAUUUAUAUGAAUUAUACAAAUUAUCUAUUAGAAAUCCUUCUAAUAUAUCAGAAUUAUUACAUAAAAAGUUUCUAAAAUAUAGAAACAAAAAGUUAAAAAAAAUAAUGGAUGAAUAUGGUGAUUCAUUAAACAUUAAUGAAAAAGUAAUUUUAAAAAAAAAUAUGUGGGUACAAGUAGUUGAUAAAAAUAUUACUGACAACAAGCAAACAACCAUUAUACCGAAAUCAUUUUAUAAAUCUAAAAAAACUAACACUUCUCUUUUUAACACUUUAUUCUUAACAAAAAAUAUAUCAAGAACAUUAUCUAAUAAAAGUAGAACUUUUAGAACGAGAAACAGAUUUAAAAAUAUUAAAACAAUGAAAUUUUUAACAAGUAGUUUUAGUGAAGAUGAAUAUUUAAUCAAAUCAAUAAUUAAAAAGAAAAAGGAAGAAAACGAAGCAAUUGAAGAAAAUCAAAAUUUAGAAGAAAAUUAUAGUAUAAUACCAUGGCAAAUUAAUAAUAAAAAAAAAAAUAUAAAUAAAGCAUCCUUUAUAUUAAUAUUGAAAAAUAUUGAAAAAUAUAUAGUACAAAAUGUUUAUUUCUAUGAACAAAUGAUAUAUAAAAAUAUAAAUUUAAAUUACUUAGAAGAAAACGUAAAUAAUAAUAUAAGGAUGUUUGAUGGAGAAAACUAUGAUGCUAUUACGAACCCUCUUAUUAAUUAUAAAAAAAAAAAAGUUAUUAUAAGAAUAAAAAUAAAAAAAGAUUUUCAAAAAAUUAUUAAUUUACAUAAAAUAAGUAAAUUAUUUUAUUCUAUUAAUCACGAAAAAAGUGAUAAAGACGGUAUAAAUUUUACUAAUAAUUCAAAUUGCAUUGAAGAUAUUGAUCUCCUCAAGAAAAAUUUAAUAUAUUUAUCAAAAAGAAAAAAAAGUAAAAUAAAGAAAAAAAUAUUAAUUUGUAAGUUAAAAAGAAAAAUAAGAAAAAAAAUUAAAAACAGAAAAGAUAAAAUUAAUGCUGAAAUUAAGGAAAAUAUAAGAAUAAACGAGGAAUUCAACAAUGACAAUAUUGGUAAUGAAAAUUGUAUAGAGAACAAAGAUGUAAGGAUAAAAAAAAAUGAUAAAAAAGAAAAAGAUAGAAUAUUUGAUAUUAUUGUAAAUGAAGAAAGUAGUGAAGAUAAGAUUAAAAAAAUAAGUACUUUAAUUAUAGAUGAUGUUUUGAAACAAAAUGAUAAUACUGAAAAAACCAAAAUAUUAGAAAAAGACCAUAUGGAAGGAAAAAAAUUAGCAAAUAUAUUAAAAAAAAAAGAAGCAUUUUCCUCAAUUAGAGGAAAUAAAAUAAAAUUAAAGAGGAAAAUGAAACAGGAUUACUUAUAUAAGUAUAAAGAUAAUAAUGAAAUUUAUAAAAAUAAUAUGGAAAAUAAUUUAUUAAAUACAUCUAAAAGAAAAAAAUAUAUAAAAAAUAUAUCAAUCAGUAAAUUGUUUCAGUUUCAUUAUAAUAAACUAGAAAAAAUAGUAACAUCAAUAGAUACAAAUAAAUUUUAUGAAGAUUAUAUAUCAGCUAGUUAUUCUAAUACAUUAGAUAUUGGUUCAUUUCAAAACAGUAAGGGAAAUAUUGCUAUAUUUAGUUUCAUUAACCCAAAUUAUCCUUUAAUAUUAUAUAAUUUAAAUUCGAGUGUUAUGAAAAUAGAAUAUUCUAAAGGUAAUCAUAAUCUUUUAGUUGCUGCAUUGUCUAGUGGGCAUAUUUAUAUUUAUGAUAUUAGAAGUAAUGAUUCAAAUCCUGUUUUAAAAUCUACAACAAUUAAAAAUUAUUAUGAAAAUUGUUUUGAGCCUAUAUAUGAUUUCACUUUUAAAAACACUUGUACUACAAACAACAUGCAUGAAAACGUUUUUUAUUCAGCGCAUGAAAAUGGAUAUGUUUUUCAAUGGGAUAUAGAAAAAGAAUUAAAAAAUAAAGAAAUUUUAUUUUUAAAAAAUAAAAAAAAUGAUAUUUAUCAAGAUUUAUCAUCUGUAUUUGAAAAUAAAAAUUUUGUAAAUAAACCAUUUAAUUCCUCAUUAACAUGUAUUGAUAUAGAUGAUUAUAUUAAUCAUGAUGAAGACUUUAUAAUCAAUAACAUUGAGAAGCAUAAUUUUAGUGAUUUUAAUGAAAAAGGUACAGAUUUUAAUAAGUCUAAAGAAAAUAACAUAAAAAAAAAACUUUAUGAAUCAGAAGAACACUUAAAAAAAGCAGUUAAUCAGAUAAAUAAUAAAAUAACUAAUAAUCUUGAAGAAAACUACAUUAAACAAAACUCUAAAGAAGAGGAAUUAUUAAAUCAUUACAAAAACAUAACACAAAACAUUGUUGAUAAAAAAAUAAAACCUACACAUUCAUACUAUUAUUUAGGUUCAAAGAAUGGAAUAAUAUAUAGGUGCAAUAGUUGCUAUCAAAAAUCAUAUUUAAAUUAUUAUGUAGCACAUUUUGGUUCUGUUAAUAAAAUUAAAAUAAAUAAAUUUGAUCAUGAUAUUUUCAUAAGCGCUGGAGAAGACUCUACAGUUAAGUUAUGGAAUAAAUUUUGUAAUAAACAAAUUACAACUUUUAAAUCAAAGAAUUCAUUUGCAUCAAUUAAUGAUGUAUUAUGGUUACCUAAUAAUUCAACAUCUUUUUUUUGCUGUUCUGAUGAUGGUAGAAUAGAAUUAUGGGACUUCGAUUUUUUAUCAAAAGAUCCUUUGAUCAUAUUCUAUCCUAAUAAUGUUGAAUCGUCAAAAAUUAAAACUUUAAAAAUGUUUAACAAAAAUGAUAUUUUAUUGUGUGGAGACAAUUUGGCAAAUAUAACAAUGAUGAAAAUAAAAAAUAUAUUUAAUUUAGAAUUAGAUGACUAUGAGCAAAAAAUGAAGUUAACAAAUUGUUUAAAAUAUUUAGACACUUACGAUUAUUUCUAA